CAAACAACAACACACACAAUUUUUAUUGCCAUUUUGCUGCCUAACGCACACACAUGCGUCGCUCUGCUCCGUUUCGUAUAUCUUUGUAUAAUUUCUUAUAUGCCGAAAAUUAUUUUCUCCUCUACACUUCUGGUUGCUGAGAAAAUUUGAAGAUCUCACCUCACAUUCAUUAAGGCGCUGGCCGAGAAAAGAAAAAUUGUAACUUCGUUCCUGUUGUUGAUUUUUUUUUUUUUUUGUUCUUUUUAAUAAAAUUCGGGGUUAUUCCACUACUAAGAACAAUAUACGUUAAGAUUCAAUGUUCUGUUUUUUCCUUUUUCGAUUUUUCCACAUUUCUUCGUCAACUUUCUUGCCAAUCAUUUAGGAUUUGAAUGCUUGGAGGCUUUGUAAUGAUAUGAAUUGUUAAGGGGGGCUGAGAGCAGGUUCUUGGUCCCCGCCGAUGAGUCGCUGGUGGCUGAAGGUGUAUUUCUGAGGGAAGACAAUGAGUAUAAAACUCCAUUGCCUAUUUCUUGGGACUCCGCUUAAUGUCUCUCUACGUGGUAGAAACAAAGGCAAGUUUUUUUAUCUAGACGGUACAGGCCACCUAGGAGAAAGGGCCUUUCGCCGGUGCACGUGUGCAAAGCAGGAUCCUUGGAUAACUCAGGUGAUUAGGUUUUCGAAUUUUUGUGGGCAAAAUGUGGACUUAUUGAGGAGAGCACUUAGGUCGAGAAAUGAAUCGAUGGUAAAUUGUGUUAAGGAACCCUUUUCUCGAAGCAAAGCUCUGAUUAGGUCAUUGGCGCCAUUGAGGGAAGAAGGGUUACUUUUAUUUAGAGGCUCUGUAUUUGUAGCUGUUAUUUUUGGAGCAUGCCUAUUUGUAUGGUAUGGGCAGCAAAAAGCCCGGGGUUUUAUAGAAACCAGACUUUUGCCCUCUGUUUGUUCAGCACUCAGUGAACAUAUUCAGCGCGAGCUUGUUUUUGGUAAAGUCCGAAGAAUUUCGCCUUUGAGCAUAACUCUGGAAUCGUGUUCAUUUGGACCUCAUAAGGAAGAAUUUUCUUGUGGUGAGGUCCCCACUGUGAAACUUCGUGUUCGUCCUUUUGCAAGUCUGAGGAGAGGGAAGAUUGUAAUUGAUGCACUUUUGUCCAAUCCAAGUCUCUUUGUUGUGCAAAAGAAGGAUUACACUUGGUUGGGGAUACCUUCAUCUGAAGGUAGUCUCCAGAGGCACUUGUCAACUGAAGAAGGGAUUGAUUAUCGUACAAAGACCAGGAGGAUUGCUAGAGAGGAAGCAGCUGCUCGCUGGGAAAGGGACAGGGAUGAUACAGCUAGGGAAGCUGCUGAGAGGGGUUACAUUGUUUCUGAAAAAAAACUCAGUGCAUCCGAGGGUGAAGCUUUAAAAGAAGAUGCAAUUCAUUCAACAGAAUUAACACUCUCCGAGUCUUUUUUAUGCAUGGAUGAGAAGAUGCACUGGAGGGAUAAUCAUUGUAUGGACACAGGUUUUGACUAUGAUAUGAAGCAUGCAGAUUUGGAGAAAUCAUUUGGUGUAAAGAUUCCUGGUUCUGGGCUUAAAUUCUGGUCUAAAGUUUUAAAAGGGCCUAAAAAACACAAAUUUAAAAGGAAGGCUAAUGAAAGUGACAUUUCUUCCACUGGUAUUUCUGCAAAAAGAAGAAUUCUUGAGCGUAGUGCAUUAGCAGCUCUUGCAUAUUUCCAGGGUCUAUCAUGUGUGAAGUCCCCUGAACUUUCACAAAGAGAUUAUGCUGUUAUGACCUUAGACCCCAUUUUGGUGAAAGGUGAGGUUGACAGUCAUGCUGGCACUUCUAUCAUGGGAAGUGGUGAAGAAACUUCAAUAGUUGAUAAUCAAAAUGGAAAUCAUUGUGGGAAUGUUGGAAUCAAGGACCUUACUAUAGAUGAAAAUGGUAAUUUUACUUGCAAUCUAUCUCCCACGACUAUAGGAGAUCAGAGAGUCAGUGAAAUCUAUCCAUCAAGUGGAGAUGUUGCAGGCAGUGCCGACGCCAAUAUGUGUAAGGUUAAAAAUGAGUUUUCAGGUGUUCAUGAUGGAGCAUUCAAGAGUCAAGUAGGUCAUGGAUCAGCAAAUUUUACUUUGAGAAAGCUUGAGCCUUGGCUUGCCAAGUACCAUGCAACUCCCAUUUGGCCCCUGAGCCUAAAAUCAUUUUUGACAUCUUUCUCUAGGAAUGUGGAGGAGCUGUUGUCUUGCUUUAUCAUUGGUCCCUUGAAAAAUUUCAAGUUAGGCAUGGGUCCAAAGGUUGAAGAUAUUGCUGCAGAACUUCUUGAUGGGAUAGAUGUUGUGCCAACUGAAGGCAUUCGGAAUCUGCUUCCUGUUACACUGGAUUCUGUCCAUUUCAACGGUGGAAUGCUGAUGCUACUUGCAUAUGGUGACAGGGAGCCAAGGGAGAUGGAGAAUGUCAAUGGACAUGUGAGGUUUCAAAAUCACUAUGGUCGCGUGCACGUACAACUAAAUGGAAACUGUAAGAUGUGGAGAUCAAAUAUAGUUUCUGAAGAUGGUGGUUGGUUAUCUGCAGAUGUUUUUGUUGACACCGUUGAGCAGAAAUGGCACGCCAAUUUAAAAAUUGCUAACCUCUUUGCUCCGCUUUUUGAACGGAUUUUAGAAAUUCCAAUCUUGUGGUCCAAAGGAACGGCAAGUGGUGAGGUUCACUUGUGCAUGUCAAGAGGAGAAACGUUUCCAAAUAUUUACGGGCAACUUGACGUGACAGGAUUGGCCUUUCAUAUAUUUGAUGCUCCAUCAUCAUUUUCUGACAUUGCAGCAAAUUUAAGUUUCCGCGGUCAACGAAUAUUUGUACACGAUGCAAGUGGUUGGUUUGGCAGUGUUCCUUUGGAAGCAUCAGGAGAUUUUGGCAUUCAUCCCGAGGAAGGAGAAUUCCAUCUAAUGUGCCAGGUUCCAUGUGUUGAAGUAAAUGCCCUGAUGAAAACUUUCAAGAUGAAGCCUUUAUUGUUCCCGUUGGCCGGUUCAGUUACUUCUGUAUUCAACUGUCAAGGCCCACUGGAUGCUCCUAUAUUUGUGGGAAGUGGAAUGGUUUCUAGGAAGGUAUCUCAUUCAGUGUCUGAUUUUCCUGCAUCCUCUGCCUAUGAAGUAAUGUUGAAAAGCAAAGAAGCUGGUGCAGUGGCAGCUUUUGACCGUGUUCCGUUUUCAUAUUUAUCGGCCAAUUUCACUUUUAACACUGAUAAUUGUGUUGCUGACUUGUAUGGAAUUAGAGCUAGCCUCGUGGAUGGAGGUGAAAUUCGAGGGGCAGGGAAUGCAUGGAUUUGCCCAGAGGGUGAGGUGGAUGAUGCAGCAAUAGAUGUGAAUUUCUCUGGAAAUAUGUCCUUUGACAAUAUCAUGCACCGUUAUAUACCUGGGUAUCUUCACCUGAUGCCACUCAAAUUAGGGGAUUUAAAUGGAGAAACGAAAUUGUCUGGAUCUCUUUUGAGACCGAGGUUUGACAUUAAAUGGGUUGCUCCAACGGCUGAAGGUUCCUUCAGUGAUGCUCGAGGACAUAUCAUAAUUUCACAUAACUACAUCAAAAUUGAUUCUUCAUCUGUUGCUUUUGACUUGUUCACAAAUAUUCAGACAUCCUAUCUUGAUGAAUACUGGCUCAACAGAAAAGAGUUUCAUGCAAAUAGUGUCAUGCCAUUUAGUAUUGAUGGGGUUGAGUUAGAUUUACGCAUGCGUGGUUUUGAGUUUUUCAGUUUACUAUCUUCUUAUAAUUUUGACUCUCCAAGACCCAUGCAUUUGAAAGCAACCGGAAAGAUUAAGUUUCAGGGAAAGGUUUUCAAGUCUAGUAGUAUUACAAAUAUGCAACCUGUGGAAAUGCAAGAUAAUGGAAAAACAGAUAGUCUUGUUGGUGACAUUUUAAUUUCUGGUCUCAAGCUGAAUCAGCUGAUUCUAGCACCUCAGUUGGCGGGACAGUUGAGCAUGUCACACGGGUGUAUCAAGUUGGAUGCCUCAGGUAGGCCAGAUGAAAGCCUUGCAGUGGAGGUUGUAGGGCCACUGCAGCGUGGUAGUGAAAUUAAUUCCCAAAAUGGAAAAUUACUGUCUUUUUCCCUUCAAAAAGGACAACUGAGAGCCAAUGUUUGUUUCCAACCACUUCAUUCUGCUAACUUGGAGGUACGGAAUCUGCCGCUUGAUGAAUUGGAGUUGGCUUCACUACGGGGAACAAUUCAAAGAGCAGAAAUUCAGCUUAAUCUUCAGAAAAGAAGAGGUCAUGGAGUAUUAUCUGUGCUUCGGCCAAAAUUCAGUGGUGUGCUAGGAGAAGCCCUAGAUGUGGCUGCUAGAUGGAGUGGGGAUGUUAUCACUGUUGAGAAAACUGUUCUAGAACUAAGUAACAGCCGUUACGAGCUUCAAGGUGAAUAUGUUUUGCCUGGUACCCGAGACCGUACCCCUGCUGGCAAGGAAGGGGGUGGCUUGCUGAAAAGGGCAAUGGCUGGGCAUCUGGGUAGUGUCAUAUCUUCUAUGGGAAGAUGGAGAAUGAGACUCGAAGUCCCUACAGCUGAGGUUGCUGAGGUGCUUCCACUUGCCAGACUUCUUUCUCGAAUCACAGAUCCUGCUGUUCGUUCCAGAUCAAAGGACCUUUUUAUACAGAGUUUGCAGUCAGUGGGAUUAUAUGCUGAAAAUAUUCAAGGACUGCUUGAGGUUAUGCGGGGGCAUUACACUUGCAAUGAAGUUAUUCUUGAAGAUGUAAGUCUUCCUGGUUUGGCUGAACUUAAGGGUCGCUGGCAUGGGUCUCUUGAUGCAAGUGGAGGAGGCAAUGGAGACACAAUGGCUGAAUUUGACUUUCAUGGGGAGGACUGGGAAUGGGGAACCUACAAAACUCAGCGUGUUUUGGCAGUUGGUGCAUACAGCAACGAUGAUGGUUUGCGCCUUGACAGACUUUUUAUCCAGAAGGAUAAUGCCACCAUCCAUGCUGAUGGGACUUUGUUAGGGCCGAAAACCAACCUUCAUUUUGCUGUGCUAAAUUUUCCUGUGAGUCUAGUCCCUACGCUGGUUCAGGUCAUUGAAUCUUCAGCUACUGAUGCUGUCCGCUCGUUGCGGCAAUUAUUAGCACCGAUUAGGGGUAUAUUGCACAUGGAAGGAGAUCUCAGAGGCAGUCUUGCAAAACCUGAAUGUGACGUGCAGGUAAGGCUCCUUGACGGUGCCAUUGGGGGCAUUGAUCUUGGACGAGCUGAAAUUGUUGCUUCCCUAACCUCAACUAGUCGUUUUCUAUUCAAUGCAAAAUUUGAACCUAUCAUUCAAGAUGGCCACGUACACAUUCAAGGAAGUGUCCCUGUCACUUUCGUUCCAAAUAAUAUUCUACUGGAAGAAGAUAUUGAAACAGAUAAAGGAGGAGCAGCUUGGUUCCCCGGUUGGCUGAAAGAAAGGGGUCUGGGUUCUGCUGAUGAAGCCAGUGACAAUAAAGUUUCUAGAGAUAGAAAUGAAGAAGGUUGGGAUACUCAAUUAGCAGAAAGCCUGAAAGGUCUAAACUGGAACAUUUUAGAUGUUGGAGAAGUUAGAGUUGAUGCAGAUAUUAAAGAUGGGGGUAUGAUGUUGUUAACAGCUUUGUCUCCUUAUGCUAACUGGCUUCAUGGCAAUGCUGAAAUUAUGCUCCAGGUCAGAGGUACGGUUGAACAGCCAGUACUCGAUGGAUCUGCUUCAUUCCACAGGGCAUCUAUAUCAUCACCAGUACUCCGAAAACCACUCACAAACUUUGGUGGCACUGUCCAUGUGAAAUCAAAUAGACUAUGUAUCACUUCAUUGGAUAGUAGGGUGAGCAGAAGGGGAAAGAUUUUUCUGAAAGGGAAUCUGCCCCUCAGAACCAGUGAAGCAUCCCUUGGUGAUAAAAUUGACCUGAAAUGUGAAGUCCUGGAAGUUCGGGCAAAGAAUAUACUUAGUGGUCAGCUUGACACUCAGAUGCAAAUAACUGGCUCUAUAUUGGAACCAAAUAUUUCUGGAAUUCUAAAAUUGAGCCAUGGAGAAGCAUAUCUGCCACAUGAUAAGGGCAGUGGAGCUGCUCAUUCUAAUAGAUUGGCAUCAAACCAGUCCCAGAUUCCUAGCAGUGGCGUCAAAUUCAAUCAUGCAGUUGCUUCAAGAUAUGUUUCACGGUUUUUCAGUUCAGAACCUGCUACUUCAAGGGCCAAAUUCACCCAAUUCCCAGUUAAAUCAGCUGGAACUGAAAAGGAAAUGGAGCAAGUGCACGCCAAACCAAAUUUAGAUAUCCGCCUCAGUGAUUUAAAGCUUGUUCUAGGACCAGAACUGAGGAUAAUUUACCCUUUGAUUCUUAAUUUUGCUGUCAGUGGAGAGCUUGAGCUAAAUGGCCUGGCUCAUCCCAAAUUGAUAAAACCUAAAGGUAUUCUAACAUUUGAAAAUGGUGACGUGAAUCUUGUGGCAACUCAGGUGAGGCUUAAGCGAGAGCAUCUGAAUGUAGCAAAAUUCGAGCCUGAGUAUGGGCUAGAUCCAAUGCUUGAUUUAGCUUUGGUUGGAUCUGAAUGGCAAUUCAGAAUUCAAAGUCGGGCCAGCAAUUGGCAAGACAAACUGGUAGUGACCUCAACACGAUCCGUGGAACAGGAUGCCCUUUCACCUACUGAGGCUGCUAGAGUCUUUGAGAGCCAAUUGGCGGAGUCCAUAUUGGAAGGUGAUGGCCAGCUGGCACUUGAAAAGCUUGCGACUGCAACACUUGAAACAUUAAUGCCAAGAAUUGAAGGAAAAGGAGAAUUUGGCCAGGCUAGGUGGAGAAUAGUAUAUGCGCCACAGAUCCCUAGUUUGCUCUCUUUUGAUCCGACAGUUGAUCCUCUCAAAUCUCUGGCCAAUAAUAUUUCAUUCGGGACUGAGGUUGAAGUCCAGCUAGGGAAACGCCUUCAGGUCUCCAUUGUUAGGCAGAUGAAAGACUCAGAGAUGGCAAUGCAGUGGACCUUGAUCUACCAGCUUACAAGCCGAUUGCGAGUGCUCCUACAAUCCCCCCCAUCCGAACGCCUUCUUUUUGAAUAUUCUACCACAUCACAAGAUUAACACCCCGGUCAUGUUCUCUCAUCUCUCUCUCUCUAUCUCUCUUCAAAGUAUAGCUUUUCUUAAUAGAUAUUGUUCUUGGCUCAAAGAACUUGUUCAUAUUUAGUUAGGAAUGCUGCUUUGUACAGAAUUCGACAGCAAAGCAAUAUUGAUUUGAUUGAACUUCUGGGCAAAUAAAAAAUUUCUUCCUGCAGUUACAGGUAAUUACAAAAUCA